AUGAUCAAGAUGUUCUACUGCCUGAGGUGUGACUCUCCCACUUUGCCUGAUCCUGAACUCCAAGUGACUUGUGCGCAGAGCGUGGUUGGGGGUUGGAAGGUGGUCGCACUGGUGGUGUUGAUCGCCGUUUGGAUUGAGAGGGGUGGUGUGGACUGGCGGACUGGUGCACGGCAUUUGGAUGGACCACUGUUACUUGAGAACGGGGCAGACGCUGGCAUUGUGAGUUUCGAGCAGGAGCUACCUUUGGACGUAGCACAGGGCGGAGAUAUGGUAGCCUUGCUGAAGGACUGGAUGCAGCGUCAGUCUAUCGACGAGAAGGCUGCGCGCGGUGCCGAGGAACAGCAGAUGCUGAACGACGCCAGAGAGUGGCUCAAAUCAGGCCAGUAUCCACGUGUGGUUGAUCCGAGAACCGGUGCCACAGCACUACACAUCGCGGCCGCGAAGGGCUACUCUGAGGUUUUGGAGCUCCUAUUAAAGCUGCCAGAUGUGGAGGUUGACGCCACAGACGUUGACGGGUGGACGCCCCUGCAUGCCGCCGCGCACUGGGCGAAGGAGAAGCCGCUUCGACUUCUUGCUGCCGCUGGAGCCUCAUUUGAUACCAUAACUCUCACUAACCAAUCAAUUUACGACGUGGCUGAUCGGAGUGUGACCAUGCUGCUGCGACAGCUGCGUAUCGAGCGCCAGCGAACAGCAUCGGCGGCAGCAGAGGAGAAAACAGUUGUUGCCCCGUCCACUGUCGCUACUCGACGGAAAGCUGAAGAUGAGGAAGUGGAAGCUUCAAAAUCAAUGAAGAUGGAGGAGGAGGAAACCAAACCUGAAGACGUUGUUAAACCAGCUGCCUCGAAGGUUUCAAAAACUGUUCGAGACAAUGAGGAAAAGACGGAAGAAGAAGAAGAAGAGGAGGAGGAGGAAGAAGAAGAAGAAGAACGGGAGACAGCACUUCCGAAGGUGCAGAAAGAUGAGGUUGCAAUGAAGAUUGAGAAGGAGGAGGAAGAAAAGAAGGCGAGAGGACGUAUGCUGGAGACGAAGGUAGAGGCAAAGGAAGCGGAGAAGCUACCUCCUUCCCCGUCAUCGUCGCCCACAUUACCACCACCUGCCAAGGAAGAAGGGAGGGCGAAAACUGAGGAGCAGCCGCUAAAAGCACCAAAGGGGAUGGAAAAAGGCAAUGAAAAGUUAAUUUCACAAUCGCCAACACCGCCACAACUCCAACCUUCUGAUGUCGUGGGUGUCUCUUCUGCGAAGACUCCAAGCAGCCAGCUGUCUGAGACCACGGUGACCUUGGACACAACCACAAUGCCCACUGGCAGUGGUCCUAGUCGAAGGAUCUCAGCCGUUCUAGCACCCGCUCGUUCGGAAGAGACGGAGGCUCAGCGAAGUAGCAAGGCACGUCUAGUGCGAUCAACUCGUCGCUCUACGCAAGGCAUCGCAAAUGACAUUCUUGAAGAGGCUAAACGGCUCAGUGUUGCCGGCGCUUCCACCCCAGCCUCUCCUACUCCUUCCGCUGCUGUGGCUGCUGUUGUCUCACCCACGCCAGCUCAGAAUGCAUCAACACAACUACAGCCACCGCUACAACCACCAAAAUCACCACCGCAAUCCUUUGCCUCGAAGGUCACACUGGGUCACCUUUCUCAACCGUUCCAGUCCACACGGAAGCUGCAAUCCUGCUCAGACCUUGACGAGAUUGAACAGAAACCAUCCUCACUCGGAGCCACGACUCACGUCUCCAAGGCGACGAUCACUCCCACUCAGUCCUCUUCUGCGACUACAACUCCUCCGGUCGCCGACGCUGCGCCCUCAUCAAUAAUCACGCAUACACGAGCGCGUCGUGCGGCUCGAGAUAGAGUUCCUACGGGUCGAUUGAAUACGGAUGAUGUGCUGGCGGCAGCGAAACAAGUGGAGCAAAAUGCCUCCACCGAUAAUGCUCCCGUCGCUGCGACUACUACUACUACCACCACUACUACUACUACCACAGCCACUGACCCCAUCCCUCGCCCAACAACGCGUGUUCUCCGUUCGACAAUUUUAAACACCACCCCAACCAACAUCAAUGAUAAUGUGAGCAACGGUGGGAGCGGGGAUCGGCGUAUCUCACCAGCUGUAUCUCAGUUCUCCUCGACUCCCUCCUCCAUCGCCACCUCCUCUGUCGGGAAGCUGGGUGACCAGCGGUACAACUGGCGUGAGGUGCCUCCUAUUAUCAUUCAGCGCGUCGUGCUAACGUCUAACCUAGACUAUCGCCUUUUAUAUGAGGAGGAGCGAAGCGAGAAGGAGCGAUUAAAGCGCACCCUUGAACAGGUCAGUCGUGAGGUGGCGGCUCUACGCAGUGAGCUCGCUCGUCUCCACGUCUCCAACUCCACGCCCUCCACCGUCUUUACUCCAAACAGACACGGCACUUUGGGAUCCAACACCGACGCCUCCCCCGCUGCGGUAUGUUCACGUCAUUGUGCUGACAUCACCCUCCAUUGUCUUGGUGUUGUGGGCUCCACGUUGGAAGCGAGGGAUAUUGGCCGUAAUGUCUUUAACGGCAUUCAGUUGAGUCGACUCUUCCAAAACUUAACGGCUCUGAUGCAUCAGAAUCUAGUUUUGUUGGUGCCUCAACGACGUUCCGUGGAUUUCUUUGAAGACCAAGCCAAGGAAAUAGAUCGGCUGCGUCAGGAGAAUGCGCGCAUGGCAGAUGAAAAUAAGUCGUUGAUUCGAGUGAUCAGUAAACUAUCGGCGCGCACAACUUCGUGA